AAGCAUUGCAUUCCACUAGGAUGUCUAUGAAAUGGAUUUCAGUUCUUCUGCUGCUUCAGCUGAGCUGUUACUUCAGCUCUGGAAGUUGUGGAAAUGUGCUAGUGUGGCCCACAGAAUAUAGCCACUGGAUCAAUAUAAAGACAAUCCUGGAUGAACUUAUCCAGAGAGGUCAUGAAGUGACUGUUCUGACAUCUUCAGCUUCCAUUCUUGUUGAUCCGAGCAAAUCAUCUACUAUUAAAUAUGAGAUUUAUCCUGUAUAUUUACAGAGAAAGGAUUUUGAGGAUAUUUUCAGGAAACUGAUCCACAUAUGGAUAUAUAAUUUGCCAAGAGAUACAUUUUGGGGAUAUUUUUCACAACUGCAAGAAAUCUUGUGGGAAUAUUCUGACUGUAUUCAAAAGUUCUGUAAAGAUAUAGUUUUGAACAGGAAACUCAUGACAAAACUACAAGAAUCGAAGUUUGACGUCAUUCUUGCAGAUGCCAUUGGACCCUGUGGUGAACUGCUGGCUGAGCUACUUAAAAUACCUUUAGUGUACAGUCUCCGCUUCUCUCCUGGCUAUAGAGUUGAAAAGUAUAGUGGAGGACUUCCUUUACCUCCGUCCUACGUGCCUAUGAUUAUGUCAGAAUUAAGUGGUCAAAUGACAUUCAUGGAGAGAGUAAAAAAUAUGAUAUAUAUGCUUUAUUUUGACUUUUGUUUCCGAUCAUUUAGUGAGAAGAGUUGGGAUCAGUUUUACAGCGAAGUACUAGGAAGACCCACUACAUUAUUUGAGUUAAUGGGAAAGGCUCAAAUAUGGCUCAUUCGAACCUACUGGGAUUUUGAAUUUCCUCGCCCACUCCUACCAAAUUUUGAAUUUGUUGGAGGACUCCACUGCAAACCUGCCAAACCCCUGCCUAAGGAAAUGGAAGAGUUUGUCCAGAGCUCUGGAGAAAACGGUAUUGUGGUGUUUAGUCUAGGGUCAAUGGUCAAUAACAUGUCAGAGGAAAGAGCCAAUGUGAUUGCAUCAGCCCUUGCCCAGAUUCCACAAAAGGUUCUAUGGAGAUUUGAUGGCAAGAAACCAGACACCUUAGGGCCAAAUACUCGGCUAUAUAAGUGGAUCCCCCAGAAUGACCUUCUUGGUCAUCCAAAAACCAAAGCCUUUGUAACUCAUGGUGGAGCCAAUGGCAUCUAUGAGGCGAUCCACCACGGGAUCCCCAUGGUGGGCAUUCCUUUGUUUGCGGAUCAACCUGAUAACAUUGCUCACAUGAAGGCCAAGGGAGCAGCUGUCAGUCUGGAUUUCCACACACUGUCUAGUACAGAUUUGCUCAAUGCAUUGAGGAUGGUCAUUGAUGAUGCUUCAUACAAAGAGAAUGCUAUGAAAUUAUCAAGAAUUCACCACGAUCAGCCUGUAAAGCCCCUGGAUAGAGCAGUCUUCUGGAUCGAGUUUGUCAUGCGCCACAAAGGAGCAAAACACCUCAGGCCAGCCUCCCACAACCUCACCUGGUUCCAGUACCACUCUUUGGAUGUGAUUGGGUUCCUGCUGGCCUGUGUGGCAACUGCUGUAUUUGUCACCACACGGUGUUGUCUGUUUUGUUACCGGAAGUUUGCAAAAAUAGGGACGAAGGAAAAAAAGGAGUAGUUGUAUCUGGGGCCUCAAGCUGGUAUGCCUCAUAGAUGGGACUCCUCAAGUUUAUUCCAGAAAGAAGUUGUGAUGUAAGAUUCCCUUCCUCCUGCGACAAAAUGACUUUUCACAACUUAGCUUCUCAGAUCAAAAUCUGCUUUUAAGGGACUUACUGCCUAAGAGUUAGAAAUAUGUCAUGCCAACAGAAAAACUGGCAAAAAUAAAUAAAAUAAAAAUAAAACUGUAUGGGUAUUUAUUGAAAAUCAUUAUUCUAAAUCAAAAGUAACCCCUCUCCAGAAAUUAUUGAGCUUAACUGUGUUUCAAACAUUGGGCAUGGACACAAGAACAUACAGAAGGCUAUUCACAAUAUCACUACGAUUGUGCAAAUACUCAGAAUAUUUUAACUUAAUUCUGGUGCAGAAUUUUGUAGUUUUGUACCUUGCUAGAGAAACUACAGGUAGUUGGAAUUGUGUAAAAUGAUUUACCCAUCCAUUUUGUUUUGGAAGACCACUAAUUCUCCUUGGCUCUUACUGUGGAUCCAGCCUCAGCAUCACUCCUUACCUAAGGACAUGGGAAGUUGAU